GCCCUCCCCGCGGCCCCCCGGGCGGGGCGGGGACCGGGACCCCCGGUCAGCCCGUCCCGUGCCGGGGAGCUGAGCGCAGCAAAGCGCUUUGUGGCGGCCUCUGCAGCCCCGGCAGAUUCCGGCGGGCGCCAAUGGCCGGCCCGAGCCCUAAUCCCCCCGGCCGGGGACUCAGCGCCCGCUAAGCCGCGCUGAAUAAACCCUCCCGCAGACAACAGCACCGGGACGGGGGGGGGACACCCCGCAACCCCCAGCGGGGCCCACCCAGAGCCCCUCCCGCGGGGUGGGGGCGGCUCCCAGCGGGGGUUGCCCCAAAAUGUCCCCAAAACAUAUUGGGGGGGGGAGGUGGGAGGUGUGUCAGUGCUGGCCCCGAGCAAGGGGGUCCCCUAAACCCCACUGGUGGCACCAAUGGGUCACAGCCCCCCCCUCUCCCCCCAGGCAACCCCAGGGAUGGGGGUGGCGCAGCUCUGGGGGGAUCCCCACUAUCGGGGGGUGCAGGGGGGGCUCGGGGGAGCUCCUCGCUCGUGUCACCUGUCCCGUGGCCCGGGCAGCGAAGCGGUUAACGGGGGGGUGGCGGAGGUGCGAUCCCACCCCCGGGGCCGGCCCGGGGGGGGCUUAUAAAGGUGGGCACGGGCGGCCCCCGGGGAGGGGAGCGGGGCCGUGGAGGGCAGCGGGGCCAGGCCAUGCGGGAGCUGCGCUCGUCCGCCUUCUGGAGGGCCGUCCUGGCCGAGUUCCUGGGCAGCCUCCUCUAUGCCCUGCUGGGGCUGGGGGCCUCCCUGCGCUGGGCCCCGGGCCCCCCCAGCGUGGUGGGGGCCGCCCUGGCCUUCGGGCUGGCCCAGACCACCCUGGUGCAGGCGCUGGGCCAUGUCAGCGGGGGUCACGUCAACCCGGCCAUCACGCUGGCCUUCCUGAUGGCCUCGCAGCUCUCCCUGCCCCGUGCCAUGGGCUACCUGCUGGCCCAGGUGCUGGGCAUGCUGGCCGGUGCCGGGGUGCUCUAUGGGGUGACCCCGGGCCCCGUCCGUGGCACCCUCGGCCUCAGCGCGCUGCACCCCGGCGUGGGCCCGGGCCAGGGCACGGUGGUGGAGCUGCUCCUGACCGCCCAGUUCGUCCUCUGCGUCUUCGCCAGCUUCGAUGACCGCCACGACGGGCGCCCGGCCAUGGCCGCCGUGCCCGUCGGCUUCUCCCUCGCCCUCGGCCACCUCUUCGGGAUCCACUACACGGGUGCCAGCAUGAACCCCGCUCGCUCCUUCGCCCCCGCCGUCAUCACCCGCAACUUCGCCAACCACUGGGUGUACUGGGCGGGCCCGCUGCUGGGCGCGGCGCUGGGCGCGGUGCUGUACGAGUUCGCGCUGUGCCCGCGGCCGCGCAGCCUGGCCGAGCGCCUGGCCGCCCUCAAGGGAGAACCGCCCGCCCCCACCGCCGUCACCGCCGCCGCCGCCGCCGCUACCGAGCCGCCGCCCGAGCCGCCGGCGGAGCCGCUGGAGCUGAAGACGCAGGGGCUGUAACGGGGCCCGUCCCGGGGCGCUGCUUUGCUGUGACGGGCCCGCCGCGGUGCGUGUGGUGCGUGUGUGUGCGGCGCGGCGCGGCGGGCGGGCGGCGGCGGGGCCCCGCUGCCGGGAACCGGCCACCGGGCUGCCCGGGGCCGCCCGUACCGGGCCGGGGCCGCCCCGCCCCGCCGCGACGGGACUUCUGUGUUCUGUGAAUUAAACCUGCUCUUUUAUUUUGGUAA